UUGUUAAUGCUAAAUGUCAAAAAUGGCUUCAUUUUUAAUCAGCGCCGCCUUACGUCGGCUUUCUCCGUUUCAUCUAACUAGAAAAUCCUGCCCAUUACGUUCUUCAGUCUCAUUUUCUUACAUUUCAAAACCCCAUAAAGCAAAGGCUUUUACUUCUGAAACCAAAUUCAUUAAAAUUUGAUCUUUUCUCUAAAUUCCAAAAACCCAACUCUCAGAACGUCUUCUUCUCAGAAAUUUAAUCGAAAAGUUUGGAUUUUGGUUGGAACAAACCCAGGUUAGGUUGCAUUCAAUGGCAUCAUCAGGUUCAAAAGAAUCAGCUGCCAAUAACCCUGGGCUUCAAACUACCCCUGAUGAAGCCACCAAAGGCUACAUCAUGCGGCAAACUAUGUUUCGAAUUAAGGACCCCAAAGUCAGUCUUGAUUUUUACUCUCGUAUAUUGGGCAUGUCAUUGCUUAAGAGGGUGGAUGUUCCAGAAUUGAAGUUUACCUUGUACUUUUUGGGCUAUGCGGAUGUUGCAUCAGCUCCAAGUGAUCCAGUUGAUAAAACAGUUUGGACCUUUGGAAAACCGGGGACAGUUGAACUAACACAUUAUUGGGGUACUGAAAGCGACCCUGAGUUUAAAGGAUAUCACACUGGCAACUCAGAACCUAGUGGCUUUGGGCAUAUUGGCAUCACUGUGGAUGAUACAUUCAAGGCAUGUGAGAGAUUUGAUUGCCUUGGAGUAGAGUUUGUCAAAAGACCAGAUGAGGAGGCGAAAGGGUUUGCAUUCAUUAAGGAUCCUGAUGGUUACUGGAUCGAAAUCUUUGAUUUGAACACUAUUGGAGAAAUAGUUAGGGGUUUUGCCUGAGUUAGUGCAUCAGAGUUCAGGAAAUAAGGAUGGCAGGUUUCACUCAAUCGUAUCAGUUUCAGUGUAUAUCCCCCGAUACAUCAUUUCUUUUGCUUUCCAUAAAUUUCAUGGAUGGGGCUGAAAUUUCAAUCGAAGAACAUUGCAGUCCAGUGUGCGUUUCUUCUGCUUGUCGUUGUCAACUAUUUCAAACAGGAUAAUGAGAGUUGUUAUUGUGGCAAAUAAUUAAUUUGUUGGUUUUGUGAAACCAAAGUGAACUUUUUAGACUAUUUUCGCCUUUUUGUAUGAAUUUUUCCUAACAUUAUCAUAAAAAGCUCUGGUCAAUCUCUCGAGGUUUUUUAAAAUCUUUUGAACAAUAUCACCGUGGCAAGAACUGUGACACUGUUAACAAAAUGCUUGCCAAGUCAAAGCAUGAAGUAGAUAAGUGGAGUGUGGGAAAGUACAAAACUUUGAAUCCUGGAAAAUUGGUUCUUUCGGGUUUCAAACAUCAUUUGCAAUAUCGAGGAAAAUUGAAUUCUAUAGUGUAAUCUGGUUGAAAUGUGAAGGGCCAAAGGGUUUUGAUUAGUUUAGUAGUAAACAUCAACCAUACUAAUCUUCCACGCUCACACUUCGAAAAGUGAUGGCUAAAGCCAUUUCUUGCAAUCUUUCAAGGCCAUAUCCAAAGAAGAACGAAAAAGUAAAACUUUUAUACGUUGACAACAGAUCAUCUAUUUAUUAUUUAUU